AUGGGCAAACGCAACAAUCAUCGGCGCCGCCGGUUGACACCUAGUCUCAAGCUCUCCCGAGAGCCUCCCCGUAUCAAUCAUUCAUCGGGAGCAACGGGCCCAACGUCACCGCCAGAAACCCCCACCGGAUCGCCACACAUGGCCCGCAAGCCACCACAACACUCGGCCGUUUAUUUUGGCUACUCUGGUCGUCCACUGGAACAGGACCCUAACAUCAAACCGGUUGGUCAUGGUCAUCAAUUUAGCUAUCGGAGAGUCAUUGGACCGGAGCAGUUGAGCCCUAGGUCAUCGUCAUCGGAUGAGUCUGAGGGAGAAGAGGAACAAGCAGGAGAAGAGUUGGACGAUGAUUCGUCUGUGUCCGAUAUAGCACGGCCCCAGAGUAUCAUCAAUUCUACUGCAGCGUCUUCUGAGGAUGCAAGUUCUGGUCCGGAUGAUGAGACCUCCGGGGAUGGAGACGACGAGGAUGACGAGGACGCGGAUGAUGAAGACCGCGGAGUGGGGGAAGAAGACUAUGAAGAAGAAGCAGGAGAGGAAGAAGAACACGUGGAAGUCAAUGCACGACCUUUCUUCCGUCUGCCUUCGGAGCCUGAAACAGUAUCCAUUUCAGCAGCGGGCUCAGAGGCAGGAGAUGAAGCAGCCCGUCAGUCCCGAGUCGCAGCUGUCCCGUCCAGCGCCGCUUCGGGCUGUGAGUUCACAGUUGAAGACAUAGAUCCCAUGGACAGUAGCUGCGAGGGUCUCGAGGUUCUCCUUCCAACAGAGAUUGAGUCCAAUCGAAGUCGCUCAAGGUCCCGUCACAAAUACUUUGAUAAAGGGAUGGUGCGGGACUUUAAGAACCUCAAUUGCAGCAACGACGUGUCGGAGAAUGAAGUAGAUGCCGAGGGUGAAUUAGGUAUGGAUACUGAAAGUGUCUUUCUGAAGAGGCAGAAGGAGAUCCGGCGAAACAGAAGGGUUAGCAUGUCGAGUACCGGGAAGCGAACGCACAGCGAGUUCAGCGAGUUCACCGACUCAGACAACUCUGACACCGGCGGUCUUGAUGUCAACGAGGUUGGAUCGAGCGCGCGAAAACUGCGAAAACGCCUGCACCGAGGCAGCCUGCUUUUCCAAGACCCUCCCGCUCCACGUAUCGACGAGCUUGAUGAGCCGGACUCCAGCGAGAAUGAAUAUGAUGCUGCGGAUCCACUGGCUCGCGAGCUUCCGUACUGGACAAUGGAGAUUAUGGAGGUAGAAUCGCCAUAA